AUGGAGGUUCAGGUUCCUAUUUCUUUCUUCUUCACCUUUUUUUGCUUUUUCAUAGUUGUAUUAAGCAUAGUUAAUAGACCUCAUUCCAGAAAGUCCCUCAGAACCCUACCACCAGGACCAUGGAAGAUACCUCUCAUAGGGAAUUUACAUCAGUUUGUAGGAUCACUACCCCAUCAUUCUCUAAGAAAAUUGGCAAACAAAUAUGGACCCUUAAUGCAUCUUCAGCUUGGAGAAACUUCAAACAUAGUAAUCUCAUCCCCAGAAAUGGCCAAAGAGAUCAUGAAGACCCAUGAUGCCAUUUUCUCUAACAGACCGUAUUUUCUUGCUUCAAGAAUUAUUUCAUACAAUUCAACCAACAUUGGUUUUUCUCCUUAUGGAAGUUACUGGAGGCAUCUGAGGAAAAUCUGCACUGUGGAGCUAUUAUCAGCAAACAGAGUUCAAUCAUUCAGUCAUAUAAGAGAAGAAGAAGUUUCUGCCCUUGUUAGGAAAAUUUCUGCAAAUGAAGGAUCUGUGAUUAAUCUCAGUGAGUACCUUUUCUCACUCACGACUGGAAUAACUUCAAGAGCAGCUUUUGGUAAGAAAUGUGGAGACCAUGAAGCUUUCUUAUCGACAAUGGAAGAAGCUUUAAAGCUGGCUGGAGGUUUCUCUGUUUCUGAUCUGUUUCCUUCUGUCAAAGUUCUUCCAUUGAUCAGUGGGAUGAGAGGCAAGCUUGAGAGGCUUCACAGGGAGCUUGAUAGAAUACUUGAGAACAUAGUCAAGGAUCAUAAAGAGGAAAAGAGAAUCCAUGGCCAAGCUGAGGAAGAUCUAGUUGAUGUUCUACUAAAGCUUCAACAGCAGAAUGAUCCUCAUACCCCUCAGCUUACCGACAACAAUAUCAAAGCUGUUAUUCUGGACAUUUUUGGAGCUGGAACUGACACAUCAUCAACAACCCUAGAGUGGGCAAUGUCAGAAAUGCUGAAAAACCCAAAGGUUAUGGAAGAAGCACAGGCAGAGGUAAGAAAGGUAUUCAGAGAAAAAGGUUAUGCCUCUGAAGCAGACCUUCAGCAUUUGAAAUAUUUAAAGCUGGUCGUUAAAGAAACUCUUAGACUACAUCCGCCAGCAGUACUGCUACUUCCGAGAGAAAACACGGAGAAAUGCAAAAUCAAUGGAUAUGAGAUACCUGCUAAGACGAGAGUGAUUGUGAAUGCUUGGGCUAUAGGAAGAGACCCCAUGAUUUGGAAUGAAGCUGAGAGAUUCAGACCAGAGAGGUUUGUUGAUAGUCCAAUUGAUUUCAGAGGAAGAGACUUUGAAUACAUACCAUUUGGGGGCGGAAGGAGGAUAUGCCCAGGAAUCACUUUUGCCACAGCUCUUAUUGAGCAGGCACUGGCUCAAUUGCUUUAUCAUUUUAAUUGGAAGCUUCCCAAUGAAAUGCAGAUUGAAGAAUUUGACAUGACUGAGUCCUUUGGUUCCACAGUAAGAAGAAAAGACAAGCUCUUAGUAAUUCCUAUUGGUUGUUGCAAUUAAACCCAUAUCAAGUCCAAAAAGAACUACAAGGCUAUAUGUUUGGAGUGGUAACUUCUACCAUAUUAUGCUAGAAUAAAAUUGGGCAAUUUCUUAGAUCAUUGUGGAAAUGCGUUUAGUCCAUCGAGUACAAGGAAGUAAAGUUU